UUAAACUUCAGACUGUCAAAAUAAUAUUUCUUGUUCCUGAACCUUCUUGGGCUUGAAAGUGUUUUUCUCUGAUCUCAUCUUUGUUGUUCUAGGAAUUAUAUUUGGAUUAAGAGUGGGUAACAUGACAAUGUUCUUUAGAUGACUUUUAACGUCUUAUAAAUUCCCGUUACAGAUAGCUAAGAACAAGCAGUAUGCUAUGCACACAGAAGUCACGGCAUUAAAGCAAGAAAAGAGCCCAGUGCCCGGUGCUGAUGAAUGGCUGCUUGAAGGGUGCAGGGCACUGGGUGGACCCAAAAGAGAUUUUCUUAAGAAGGGCUCAGAACCAGAGACCUCUCAGAACCUUGGUGGUGGUCAUGCAUGCUCGGUCAGGGAUGAUGAGUUUCAAUUCCAAGGGCUCCGGCACACUGUGACGGCCAGGCAGUUGGUCGAAGUUAAGCUUCUGGACAUGAAAACAGUUGAGCAGCUGCGACUUGGCCUUAAGACCGUUGAAGAAGUUCAGAAAACUCUGAGCAAGUUUUUGACAAAAGCCACCUCCAUCGCAGGGCUUUACCUAGAAUCCACAACAGAAAAGAUUUCAUUUUCCUCAGCUGCCAAGAAACUCAUCAUCGAUAAGAUGAUGACUUUAGCAUUUUUAGAAGCUCAGGCGGCCACGGGUUUCAUAAUUGACCCCCUUUCAGGGCAGACCUAUUCUGUUGAGGAUGCAAUCCUUAAAGGUGUGGUUGACCCCGAAUUCAAAAUCAGGCUCCUUGAGGCAGAGAAGGCGGCCCUGGGGUAUCCAUGUUCUUCUAAGACACUGUCAGUGUUUCAAGCCAUGGAAAAUAGAAUGCUUGACAGGCAAAGGGGCAAACAUAUGUUGGAGGUGCAGAUUGCCAGUGGGGGCGUCAUCGACCCCGUGAGGGGCAUUCGGGUUCCUCCAGAAGUUGCCCUGCAGCAGGGGCUGCUAAAUAACGCCAUCCUGCAGUUUUUACAUGAGCCAUCCAGCAACACCAGAACCUUUCCCAAUCCCAAUAACAAGCGAACCCUGUACUACUCAGAGUUACUGCGCAUGUGUGUCUUUGACGUAGACGGGCAGUGCUUUCUGUUUCCAUUUGGGGAGAGGAACAUUUCCAAUCUCAAUGUAGCGAAAACUCACAGGAUUGCUGUCGUCGAUACUAAGACAGGAGCAGAACUGACUGCCUACGAGGCUUUCCAGAGAAACCUGAUUGAGAAAAGUACCUACCUUGAGCUGUCGGGGCAGCAGUAUCAGUGGAAGGAAGCCACGUUUUUUGAGUCUUAUGGGCAUCCCUGUCGUAUGCUGACUGAUACUAAGACAGGAUUACAGUUCAGUAUCAGCGAGGCCAUAGAGCAGGGAACCAUUGACAAAGCCUCCAUCAAAAAGUAUCAGGAAGGCUUCCUCACACUCACAGAACUCGCUGAUUCCUUGCUGAGCAGAUUAGUCCCCAAGAAGGACUCGCACAGUCCAGUGGCGGGGUACUGGCUGACUUCCAGUGGGGAGAGGAUCUCUGUGCUGAAGGCCACACGUCGGAAUCUGGUUGAUCGGAUCACUGCCCUCCGAUGCCUUGAAGCCCAAGUCAGUACCGGGGGCAUCAUUGACCCUCUGACCGGCAAGAGGUACCGGGUGGCCGAGGCCUUGCACAGAGGCCUGGUGGACGAGGGGUUUGCGCAGCAGCUGCGGCAGUGUGAGUUAGUCGUCACGGGGAUCAGUCACCCUAUCAGUAACAAAGGGAUGUCAGUGGUGGAAGCUGUGAGUGCAAAUAUCAUAAGUAAGGACAUGGGAAUCCGCUGUCUGGAAUUUCAGUACUUGACAGGGGGGCUGAUUGAGCCUCAGGCCCAGUCCCGCUUGUCGAUUGAAGAAGCCCUCCAAGUAGGGAUUAUAGAUGUCUUCAUUGCUACAAAGCUCAAAGAUCAAAAGUCCUAUGUCAGAAAUAUCCUCUGUCCUCAAACGAAAAGAAAGUUGACAUAUAAAGAAGCCUUAGAAAAAGCUGAUUUUGAUUUCCACACAGGACUUAAACUCCUAGAAGUAUCUGAACCCUUGAUGACAGGGAUUUCCAGCCUCUACUAUUCUUCACAGUAGGACCUGUUUAUAGAACCAGAGUCAGGGGUGAUGCUGUCUAGUUCAUCUGCUGUGUCCACAGCUUGAUGGUAUGAGAUCCACGGCCUAGUAAUUGUGUGACAUGCUCGACGCACUGUUAAUUUCUUGAGGGCUGGAAACACCUGACUGCUCAGAAGAGGGAAUACUUUUAAUUUUUAAAAAUUUUUAAUUUUUUUAGAUUAAGUUUUAUCGGAAUGCAGACACGUUGUUGUGUACAUAUUGUCUUUGGCUACUUUUGGGUACAAGGACAGAGUUGAGUAGUUCUAACAGUAACCAUAUGGCUCACAAAGCCUAAAAUAUUUGCUCUCUGGUCCUUUCCAGAACAAAGUUUGCUGUCUCCUGAUCUGGAAGAAUUUGCAUCACUCCUUUAGACUAAAAGUCAGGAGGCUUGGAUUUUAGACUCCAUUCUGCCCUAGAGAGAUUACUUUUAAAAUGGAAAAUAACAAAAGAUUUACUGCUCUUCAUAAUGGUUCCAUUUAGCUUUGAGAUUCGUUUUUUGACUCCUACCCAAACUAAAAUAAAAGUAUUUUACCUGGAAUAUGGGAUAAGCUUGAGGAACUCCAGCGAGUUUACAGCAUUCUUUCUUCAGAACUCUGCAUCGCUGCCUGGAUCCAGCCUGGUGUCAGGGUUCCCAUUUAUUAUAUGAUUCAUUACACUCACUGAAAGAGCACUUAAAAAAGAACCGUGGAAUCACAGAGGAAAAUGUAAACUUGUUCUCACAUCCGUGAGGCUGUAGUGUUUCAGAUUGCCUUGAAAAAUGAACAUUUUUAGUUUUUCUGUAUGUCGUAAUCUUCUUUACGUAUUAUAUUUUACCACCAUCU